AUGACAGGGAACAUGAAGGAGAGGGCAAUCAUUUUUAGAAACAUUGACAAGAAGACGUGCCAACUUGACUGUAACGACGAUUCCUUCAUUUUCGCACACUGUCAUCGAGCAAGUGAAUCAAAGAAGAUUGAGAGGACAGGCGGACCCGGCGGCCGUUCUGAGAAUCAAUCGCAUAACAUAAUCGACAUCAACAGUCCAGACUUGUCAAGGAAGACACUGGAGACGGUUGCAUCAGCAAGGGAAUAUAAGGGAGUAGUAGAGCUCCCGAGUAAAGGAGCUGAUAUGUCACUGAUCAAUAAAAAAGGCAACAAAAGACGUAACAAAAAACUUCUCGUUGCCUGUCGGAGAGGAGAUGUGGAGGCGGUGAAGCAGGUCCUCGAACAGGACAAUGUGGACAUCAAUAGUAGAGGUUUUAGGAGUAUGACUCCUAUGAUGUUAGCAGCAAAGAACGGGCGUAGGGGAGUUGUAGACUUCCUCGUGAGUGAAGGAGCUGAUAUGUCACUGGUCGAUCAAAGAGGUGAUAAUGUCCUCCACGCUGCUUGUCGGGGAGGAUAUGUGGAAAUAGUGAAGUAUGUCCUCUCGCAAAAUAUAUUGGACAUUAACAGAGGAGACAGGAUGAUGAGAACACCGCUGAUGGUUGCAUCAGAAACUGGACAUAAGGACGUGGUAGAGCUCCUCGUGAGAAAAGGGGCUAAUGUGUCACUGGUCAAUGAAAAAGGUAGGAACAUCCUUCACUUUGCCUGUCAGGGGGUAGAUGUAGAGACGGUGACGUAUGUCCUUGCACAGGACAAUGUGGGCAUCAAUAGUAGAGACUUCCGGGGUAGGACUCCUGUGAUGGAAGCGGCAAAAAAUGGACAUAAGGAAGUGGUAGUCUUCCUCCUGAGUGAAGGAGCUGACGUGUCACUGGUCGAUGUCAGUGGCAACCACCUCCUUCACACUGCCUGUGAGGGAGGUAAUAUAGAGGUGGUGAAGUAUGUCCUAGCACAGGACUCAGUUGACAUUAACGCCAGGAACAAGAAAGGAAAAACAGCAGCAGAUACUGCAAAGUCCCAUGGACUAUUACAUAUUCUUGACCUUCUUAAAUAUUGUGUUUUUUUCCAAUUUGUACAGACAUUGUUCUUGAUUCAGAGACUUACGUGA